AUGGUUAAGUCGUUGAUACAGCAUCGGACUGGCAAAUAUGGCCCAUUGCGCCGACCUCAUAACGCGACUUUCGGCCGUGCUUGGAAACGCAGCUCAGCAAGUCGCAACCCUGACUGGUGGCAACGAAUCAAUGUUGCCGUCGGCGGAGGACUGGUACACAGAGAUGUCGCGCGCCGUCUUCCCGGUGAGGGGGUGCUGCCUUUCAGUUCAGUCCCCAGGAAACCGGCGUUUGGGCAGGUUGCAGGUGUCAUCGUCGGUCGCGCAUACACAUGCGACGGGCGAUAG